AUGGAGGCAUUUACAUUGCAUGAUAUGCUCAAAAACUCCACUAAUCUUUAUAAGAUAUUAUGUGACUUUGGAAUCAAGAAUGUGUCGGAGUGCGACGAUGAAAGCCAGACGCGGCCGGAACCGAAAGAUUUGAACCAGACGGUGCGCAUCUUCCUCUACUGCCUCAUCUUCCUGGUCAGCGUGCUGGGUAACAGCCUGAUCAUCGCUGUGCUGGUGAGGAACCGCCACAUGCGCACAGUCACCAACCUGUUCCUGCUCUCCCUGGCCGCCAGUGACCUGAUGCUCUGCCUCUUCUGCAUGCCCUUCACCCUCAUCCCCAACCUCAUGAGGGACUUUGUGUUCAGCUCGGGCAUCUGCAAGGUGGCCAUGUACUUCAUGGGUAUCUCGGUGAGUGUCUCUACCUUCAACCUGGUGGCCAUUUCUCUGGAGCGCUACAGUGCAAUCUGCAACCCCUUGACCUCCCGUACCUGGCAAACCAAGUCCCACGCUGCCAAGGUCAUCUCUGCCACCUGGGUGGUGAGCUUCCUGCUCAUGCUGCCCUACCUCAUCUCCAGCACUCUGGUGCCCUUCACCCGGGUUAACAACAGCACCGGCAACAUGUGCCGCCUGGUCUGGCCCAGUGAUGUCAUCCAGCAGUCCUGGUACGUGUCCCUGCUGCUGCUCCUCUUCCUGGUCCCUGGGAUCGUGAUGAUGACAGCCUACGGGCUCAUCUCCCUUGAGCUCUACAGGGGCAUUAAGUUUGAGAUGACCAACAGGAAGUCCAGCAGAGACAGACAGUGCAGCACGGGCAGCAUCAAACCCGGCGACAACGACGGCUGUUACCUCCAGCCUGCCAAGAAGGGCGAGCUUGCCCACCUCCAGAGCCCUCUGUCGACCCACAGCCCUAACGUGACCAUCAAAAUCAGAGACAGCACGGGCAGCGCUAAGUCCACGCUGAGCCGUGUGUGCAGCAACAGCUCCACCUCUAACCUGAUGGCUAAGAAGCGCGUGAUCCGCAUGCUCCUGGUCAUCGUCUGUCUCUUCUUGCUCUGCUGGACACCCGUGUUUGCCGCAAAUGCCUGGAGGGCCUUCGACCGCCGCUCUGCCGACAAGCUCCUCUCGGGGGCGCCGAUAUCCUUCAUCCACCUGUUGUCGUACACCUCGGCUUGUGUCAACCCCAUUAUAUACUGCUUCAUGAAUAACCGUUUCCGCCAAGGGAUUCUGUCCACCUUCACCUGCUGUAGCUGCCCCAAGGGCGGUGGGGUCAGGAGGGGGGCUGGGAGUAGGAUCGGGACGGGGACGGGGAGAGGGGGAGGAAGAGGAGGGAUGAGGAGCGGAGGGAACGGGCACACGCCAUCCAGUGGUAAUAGCACGCGCUUCACAUACAGUAGUAUCCGUGGCUCCGCUCAGGCUUAGCUUCCUUUGCCAUCAUCGACCAGUCAGAAGUAGGUAGUGGUCAUGAAGGCGGGGUGGCCUGUCCAAAGUGUGGUCCCCCCCACCAUGAGAUUUUGGUCUCUGUUAAGGUCAUGCCUCCUUUCCACUUCAAAGUCCCCAUGCCUGUGAGAGUGGACAUGUACACUGCAAACCAUUAGGAACACCUUCCUUUUCCAUGACCCAGGUGAAAGCUAUGAUCCCUUAUUCAAUGUCACCUGUUAAAUCUACUCCAAUCAGUGUAGAUGAAGUGGACAAGGCAGGUUAAAUAAUCAUUUUUAAGCCUUGAGACAUGGAUUGUGGCUGUAUCACAU